AUAAAGUAUUAUUUUCACGUGACUGUAAUAUUUGAUCAUGUGACUUUCAAAAGCAAAAGUGUAGCAUAUGAAACAUACAUCAUAACAAUAACAAUGAAGCAAUGUGAACAAGGCCAAACAGCUUUCAAUCUCCUGUUAUUACUAUCAACUGUAUUAUGUAUAGUUGAUAGUGAAAAAAGACCCAACAUUGUAUUUGUCGUAGCUGAUGACUAUGGGUUUCAUGAUAUUGGCUAUCACAAUUCUGAGAUUAAAACACCAAACUUAGACAAACUGGCAGCUCAAGGUGUAAAGCUGGAGAAUUAUUAUGUUCAGCCCAUUUGCUCUCCAACAAGAAGUCAGUUAAUGACUGGAAGAUAUCAGAUCCACACAGGACUACAGCACAAUAUUAUUUGGCCGUCCCAACCUUAUGGCAUGCCUCUUCAGUUUCCCACUGUUGCAAAUUUUUUAAAAGAUCAAGGCUACUCAACACAUGCUGUUGGCAAGUGGCACUUAGGGUUUUACAAGAAAGAAUAUACGCCUUUAAAUAGAGGAUUUGAUACAUUUUAUGGAUAUUGGGAAGGUGGUGAGGAUUACUACACUUACUACAACUGUGACACCUAUCAUAACAGAACAAUUGAUAAAUAUCUGGGGAUUACGCAAUCCCACUCACACAAAGAAAUACUGUCAGGCAAACAUGGAGAUGAAGUGAAAUGGUGUGGCUAUGACCUGAGGGACAUGGACAAACCAGUGACCACAAUGAAUGGAACCUACUCAACUCAUCUCUACACAGAGAAAGCAAAGGACAUAAUCAAUCAAGCAAAAGUGUCAGAAAAGCCUUUUUUCUUGUACUUAGCUUAUCAAGCUGUACAUUCCCCCAUGGAAGUUCCACCAGAGUAUGUAAAACCUUACUCUUUUAUUAAGGAUGCUUACAGAAGGACAUAUGCAGGUAUGACCAGCUGUAUGGAUGAAGGUGUUGGAAAUGUCACUCAGGCCUUAAAGGAUGCUGGGUUGUGGGACAAUACAAUUUUAAUAUUUUCUACUGAUAAUGGAGGAGAAAUUCUGGCUGGUGGGAACAACUGGCCUCUUCGUGGCUACAAGCAUACAUUAUGGGAAGGUGGAGUAAGAGGCAUAGGCUUUGUAACUGGUCCUUUGGUCAAACAGCCAGGAAAGGUCAAUGAAGGGUUGAUGCAUGUGUCUGACUGGUUCCCAACAAUAGCAGAUAUGGUCGGAGCACAGAUCAACAGCAGCCUUCAGUUAGAUGGAAAAAGUCAGUGGCCAAUGAUUAAUUUUGGUAAAGAAAGUCCUAGAGGUGAAAUACUUCACAACAUUGAUAUCCUGGAGCCUCUAGUGGGGAAAAAGUUGUAUGAGGAUACAUUCGACACACGAGUUCGGGCAGCUAUUCGGAUUGGCAACUACAAACUCCUAACUGGUAAUCCAGGAGAUGGAAAAUGGUAUCCACCACCCCAUUUAGAAAAACACAAUGUGCAACACUCCAAUGUUACUGCAGCUAGUGAUAAAAAUGUUUGGCUCUUUAAUGUCAGUGAGGACCCUAGUGAGGUCAUCGACCUAUCAAACAUCCUGGUUGGCCAGGUACGAUCAAUGCUGGAGAGGCUUCAGUACUACAACUCCACGGCUGUCCCUCCACAGUACCCAGACUCUGAUCCCAACUGUGACCCAAAACUUCAUGGUGGAUUUUGGGGGCAAUGGCUGGACUAAAUAAUUCAGCUAUUUAGACAUUUAAACUUUAUUGUUUUUAAUUAAGCAUUAUUUUUUA